UAUGCAAAUGUCUGACCAGAUGAAAAUUGCAUAACUUUUCUCCCCAAAGCCUCUUUGUCUUUCUGACACUACUUUCCCAGUAAAGGCCAAUCCUGCCUCAGGCCUACUGAGGUUUAAUUAAUCCUUUCCAAGAGCAGCCACAAGUGCUGUGGGUUCUACUACUGGGAAUCAGGGCUACACGGCUUUUUGAACUGAAGCGAUGGAGACUUUCGUCUUUUUAUUUUCUUUUUCUGCCCUUGGCAUUCUCUAUGCCAUGAACACCAUUCCUGCACUCCAAGAACCACUCGUGAUCCUGGUGAUUGGCAUUGCUGUGCUGGUGUUCGUCUUCCUGCUCUACCUCAUCAUCACUCGUGGAAACAGACCCAAAGACGCCCUAUUCUUUGUUUUUGCAGAAUUUUCCUUUACUUGUGUCAUUGACCUGACCAGUGCCUUGGAGUAUGAUGGCUUCAUCUACGGCUUUAUGGAGUUCUAUCGUAAAACAGGCGAGCCUUACCUGGGCACGGCCUACGCCAUCAUGAUGUGUUACUGGGACGGAAUAGCUCAUUUUAUCAUGUACCUCAUAAUGAUCAGCAGGAUAACGGAGAGCAAAGGGCACCGAACUCUGGGCCUGUUCUGGGCUGGCUCCCUGUGCGCCAACAUGAGUGUCUUCAUCACCGGCAUUGUGGCAGGGAAAUAUGGCUCAGAGAUCUGUCCAGCCUUCUGGCUCAACUUCCUCUUCCUGUUGAUGCCUUUAUGGGGAGCGCUCACACUGUUUACUCGGCCCAAGGAUAGACCACUGAUUGGUGGAUAUAAUGCUCAGCACGCUCAGAGCAUGAAGCUCAUCUGGCGACCCUUGGAUCUCAUCCUGGUGUUACUCCUGCUGGCUGCCAUGGCCUUCACAAUCCUCAGAGGCCUGGUGGCUCUAGACUCCCCAAUAAGCACAUGUUCCUUCUACGUGAAGCACUAUGAGCCGUACUUGCAGGAUCCAGUGGGCUACCCCAGAGUGAUGAUGCUGCACAUGUUCUUCUAUGGACUACCACUUUUGGGAGCGUUUGUUUAUGGUCUCCUCAAGCCAGGCUGCACAUGGAUGUCCGACUGGACCGUCUUAUUUUCAGGAGCAAUGAUCCAGUGCCAGUGGGCUCACAUUGGGGGAUCCCUCCAUCCUCACACCAAGGCUCCAUUUCGCAUUCCAAACGAUGUCUUCUGCCACGUUCUGGCAGCCAACUUGCUGUAUGCUGUCACACCACUCCUGGUGGCCUUGCGUGUUCGCAGUAACCCGUAUUUCUUCCUGAAGAUAGCGCCCUUCCCUGGGCAAACUGGUCUGCCAAAUAGUGAGGAGAAAGAUACCAAGUACAAAAACAACUAAUAUUAACAUUGCUCAGAUGUUCCAAGCAAAAUAUGUGAUGACUUGAAUUGAAAAUAAAAAGCAUUUUAU